AUGUCUGAAACGGGUUUCACGGGAUUUGAUUUGAGACAUAACUUGGAUGCGGUCGACGGCGCCCACGGAAUCUAUUCCACCGAUUAUUAUACAGAAAGUGCUGUGAAAUUAAUAUCCGAUCACAACAUAGAGAGACCACUAUUUGUGUACAUGUCUUACCAGAGCGUUCACUCAGCUAACAGUCCGUACGAACUCCAGGCGCCCAAACAAUUAGUCGAUAAAUUCAGUUAUAUUAAGGACGAGAAUAGGAGAAUAUUUGCGGCCACUCUUUACUCAAUGGAUUUGUCGAUCGGAAGGAUUGUCAAUGAGUUGCAUAACAAGAAUAUUCUUAACAAUACUAUCAUUUUAUUCAUGAGUGAUAACGGGGGAGCUAUUAGUGGUUUUAUGGAAAAUUCUGGUUCUAAUUAUCCAUUGAGAGGAACCAAAGGGAGUCUAUGGGAGGGAUCGACAACGAAUUGUGAUUUAACUGAAGACAUGUGUCUCUUUAACAUCAGAUCAGAUCCGUGUGAAUAUUAUAAUGUGGCCAAAGAUUACCCGCAAAUUGUUGACAAAUUGUGGCAAAAGAUCUUAAUUCAUAACAAGACAGCGGUUCCGCCUCUCAAUCUGCCGAUUGACCCGAAAGCCAAUCCUAUUUAUCACAACAAUUGGUGGAGUAUUUGGGUUCAGGACUGA